AUGAGACUGAGUGAGCUGAAAAAGAAAAAGAAAAUCAUGAAUAGAAGUUGUCUGAUGCUUCUUACCAAGUCUGCUGAUCCUUUCAUUAUUCUGUUUCUCCUUUGUCAAAUUGCAGAGCCAGCAACGGACAGUUCUGCAGGGCCAGCAAUACCGCCUUCUGCAGGGCCAGCAAUACCGCCUUCUGCAGGGCCAGCAAUACUGCCUUCUGCUGAAUCUGAGGCUCUUUACACAAUCAUGUUCAACUUAGCUUUAAGUACGCCAACACUUGUUUCAGAAUCCUAUUGUGACGAGGAGCACGAUCUUGGUUAUGGCAAAGUCAUCAAUUGCACCAAUAUCAGCAAUACUUGGCACAUCACUCAAAUAAUUUUGAGGAGUGUACCUUUAGAUGGAUAUAUUAGUGCUGUUGUGAAAAAUCUUAACUACCUGGAGAUGCUUGAUCUAUCCAACAACAAUCUUUACGGUUCCAUUCCUCCCGAACUGGGGAGUUUAUCUCAUCUUACUCACCUAAACCUCGCAAACAAUAAGUUGACUGGGUCAAUACCUCGGAAUUUGGGGAAUUUGACGAACCUAGCCAUUCUAUACCUCUACGGCAAUCAGUUGGCUGGACUUAUACCUACGGAUUUGGAGAAUUUGAAGAAGCUAGAAACACUGGACCUCUCAUAUAAUCAGUUGACUGGACCUAUACCUGAGCGUCUGGGGAAUUUAAAGAUGCUAAAAACACUAGACUUCUCAAAAAAUCAACUGACUGGAGCUAUUCCUAGCCAUUUGGGGAGAUUGGAGAAGCUAGAAACACUCUACCUGUUUAAGAACUUUCUCAAUGACAGCAUCCCACGAUCUUUCGGUAGUCUUUCAUCUCUGGAAUACAUGGACUUAUCGUUUAAUAGGCUAUCAGGCUCAAUUCCUGGUGAACUUGGCAAACUUGGCAAACUCGAGACUUUAUAUUUGAAGGAGAAUGAACUAAACGGUGCACUUCCAAAAGAACUUCGAAAUUUAAGCCGUCUUGGGACUCUCUCUUUGUCAUCCAACUAUUUCACUGGGAAUUUGCCCGACGAUUAUCAAAAUAUUACGACCAUGAAAUAUUUGUAA